AUGGCUCAUUUUGGACAUCACAAUCUGGGGAAUUUGCUUUUGGUUUCCAAAAAAUUGGUAAACAUGGCUUCUUACUAUCCAUCUGAUGGACUGUUUAGGCUCAAUGAGGCUGCAACAGGCAAGCGAAUAUGGGUUGCUGAUUCUUCUGGUACUGGAGUUGCCCAUGCAGCCGUGCUUGACACAGGAAAUUUUGUGCUGGCUAACCUUGAAUCAAUCAGUUUGUGGGAGAGUUUUGAUCAGCCAACUGACACAAUCUUUCCUACUGAGAGUCUAAAUCAAGAAACCAUACUCUUUGCGCGAUAUAAGGAAACAACUCACUCAAGAGGGAGAUUCCAGCUUACCUUGCAACGUGACGGGAAUUUCGUGCUGUAA